AUGGAAGACAAAGGAAAUCCAUCAAAAGGUGGUCCACCCAAGCCCAAACCUCAAGAGGUUCAAAAGGCAGUUGAUCCAACCCCAGCCAAAGAAAAAGAGGACUCAAUCGAAUCUUCAGACGCACCUGCUCCAGAAAACGAGUCCCCAGACUCAGCAAACGUCGGUGACGAAGAUAAAAUGGAGGUUGAAACUUCAGCUCCACCAUCACCUUCAGAAGUUAUUCCAGGAAAAAGUUUUUCCGAUGCUGGCCAAACCAAUUUGGACCGCGGCGAAGACGAUGAACCGAGGGAAUCACCUGCAACAACACCAACUGACAAAGUUAAUCCAGCUGGAAAGACAGCUCCAUUAGUUGAUGCUCAAAUUAGCUCCAUCUUCGAGGUUGCAAGUGUUAUGAAACCAAUGGCAGCUAACCAAUAUCAAAUUACUCAAGUAACUGGUGAAAUCAUCUCAGAUAUCCCAGCUACACAAGUUAAAGAAGCUUUCAAGCAAGCAAAUAUCAAAGAGAUUCAUCGUUUAACUACAAUUAUUCAAAAAACCAAUUCAUCUUUUGAUUCAUCCACUGGAACUGUUAAUGGGGAACAUCCAACUCCUGAAAAUAUGAAAUCUUUAGAAAAUUAUAUCCAUUGGAUUUCAAUUGAAGCUCUCAAAGCUGUUUUCAUCGAAAUUUACCCAGUUGGUACAAAUGAAACGUUAUUCUACCCACAUUUGUUUUUGAGAAAAAAAUAUAAGGCUAAAGAACAUGAUACAAUCAUGUCUACUAUCCAAGAUUAUAUCAAGAAUUACAUGAAUUCCACUAAUUUCAAUAUCAAUUAUGAAUCCAAGGGAUCAAAUGAAAAAAUUUCAACAACUUUCAAAUUCAAAUUACUAAAUCUUGAAUCCUACCACAGGUUACUUAUCCUUGAAAUCGAAUAUGAUCCAGGGUUUAAAGCCUCUAACGUUGAAAUUCUUGACCAUUGUAUGUCUGAACACACUUGGAAACAAGUUGGAGAAUCUAUAAAAGUGGCUAACAAGGCAAAUGGUAAUCAUGUUUUUCAAACCGUGGUCGAUUUAGAAACCAAUACUCACAAGGCACCAACAUAUAGCCAAGCUAACAAACGUAUUUUCGUUAAGGUUCUCAAUUCCAACUUGAUAAAGUGUACCAAAUGUGAUGGAAUCGGUCAUUUCACCUCACAAUGUCCAUUAAAAUGUACCACAUGCGGUUUUUCAGGUCAUGAAUCACCAAAUUGUUCAACACCUUAUCAUUUGGUGAAACGCUUUCAGUCAAAGAAAGCAACCAAAUCCAUGAUGGAUCAAACAAAAGCACCAAUAAACUUCAAUUUUGGUAAAUAUGCAGAAAAAAAUAUGCCACCAAAAGCUGAUAAUUAUGGUUUUAAAACUCCAAAAAAUCCUUUUAAAGCAAGAAAUAAAACUGCAAAUAUCAACCAAGAAUAUCAACCUAACCAAGCCAAUAGUCCAACAAAAUUCUCAAAUAUGUAUGAUGCUUUCAAUAGAUAUAAUCAAGAUGAUGGAUUUUCAGCAAAUGAUAACAAAAAUGCAAAUGCAUCUCAAGAUGCCAACACAUUCCAGUUUCCAGUAGGUAAGAGUAAAGCUACUCAUAAAGCUGAACGCAAAGCUGCUAAAUCUUUACAAAAAGCUAAAUUAGCUCAACAACAAACUCAAGCAGCUCAAUCAUUAGAUAAGGAAGCACAAGACUAUAAAAUCCCAGCAGAAACCUCAAAAUCUGCAACCAACCAUCAUUCUUCCAACUCAAAUGCACAAUCUGACAACAUUCAGAACUCCAGUUCAAUUCCAAAAGCAGCUUUAACAGCUGAUGAAGCUCUCCAAAAAGCUAGAUAUCAAUUCCAACAUGGUCAUUUACCUAAAACCCCUGUGCAAAAUCUUCCAGGACGAAACCCAAGGGAAAGAGAAGAAGAUUAUACCCCAGGAACAGCUGCAAUGCAAUCACCAUCUAAAAAAAAUGCACUUCAACCAUCAAAUUUUGAAAGAACCAAUGGAAGAAAUUCUGAUAAUGAAUCUGGAGAAGAAGAUGGUGAAGGUGAUAGAAAUUUAAUUGACGACGAUGCUAUCGUCAGUUCCCAAGGAGCGUUAUUAGGCACACAAUUCUCAGAGUCUGAUAGAGCCGCCCUUUUGCCAAAACCCACUGGAGAAGAUAAUAAUAAUAAGGGUUCAGAAGCAGCCAUCAAAACUGGUGAAGCUCAAACCCAUAAUCAAUUAUAA